GAUUUCAGUUCAUCGUGGAACAGGAAAUCUGAAACAUAGGAGUGAUAAUAAUUCACACCUUCAUAAUUAGGCAUUCAUCCCCAAGGGGAAGCAUUCACAAUGGAGAUUGUGUAUGUGUACACGAAGAAGCGCAGCGAGUUUGGUCGACAAUGCAAUUUCUCGGACCGUCCAGCUGAGCUGCAUGUUGACAUCCUUCCAGACCCCUCUCUAGCUGCUAACUUCAUUGAGAGAGACCCAUGUGAUGUGCCGACACAAUGCACGCAAGAGAUGUCGGAACAUGAGGUGAACACAGAUCGCUAUGACUCUGAGUCACGAGGCAUAAACCAUGUGGAAGGUGGCUGGCCUAAGGAUGUCAAUCCUCAGGAGAUGGAACAAACCAUUCGAUUCCGCAAGAAAGUUGAGAAGGACGAGCACUACAUCAAUACCAUCAUGCACCUGGGCAGUCUCAUGGAGCACUGCAUCCAGCAGAACAACGCCAUCGACAUCUACGAGGAGUAUUUCCACGACGAGGAGGUGGUGGAGGAGGCGGAGGAGCAGCCAUCAGCUAAAACCAUCAACGUCUUCAGAGACCCCAACCCGGUGAAGCGCACGGCCACCAGUCUCUCCUGGCACCCCGAUGGCAGCCGCAAGCUUGCCGUGGCCUACUCCUCCCUUGAGUUCCAGAGGACAACUCAGGAUAUGUGCUAUGACUCCUACAUAUGGGACAUUGAGAACCCCAAUAAGCCAGACAUGACUCUAAAACCAGUGUCCCCUCUCGUCUGUCUGGAAUACAACCCCAAAGACUCGCACGUCCUGAUCGGGGGAAGUUACAACGGCCAGCUCGCCUACUGGGACACGCGCAAAGGCAGCCAGCCUGUGGAGAUGUCGGCCAUCGAGCACAGCCACAGGGACCCCGUCUACAAGGUCAUCUGGCUCCAGUCGAAGACGGGCACAGACGCCUUCUCGGCCUCCACAGAUGGCCAGGUGCUGUGGUGGGACAUCCGUAAGUUUACCGAGCCGACAGAGCGUCUGGUCCUGGACCCCAGCAAGAAAGGCAACCUUGAGAACGCACUGGGGGCCAUCUCCCUGGAGUUCGAGACCACCAUGCCGACCAAGUUCAUGGUGGGGACGGAGCAGGGCCUGGUGGUGUCCUGCAACCGCAAGGCCAAGACGCCGGCCGAGAAGAUCGUGUGCACCUACAGCGGCCACCACGGGCCCAUCUACUCGCUGCAGAGGAACCCCUUCUUCCCCAAGAACUUCCUGACCGUCGCCGACUGGACCGCGCGCAUCUGGUCCGAGGACAUCAAGGAGUCCUCCAUCAUGUGGACCAAGUAUCACACAGCAAACCUGCUGGACGGCUGCUGGAGUCCCAUGCGUCCCUCGGUCUUCUUCACUGUCAAGAUGGACGGCACAUUAGACGUGUGGGACUUCCUGUUCAAGCAGAAUGACCCCACGCUCACCCUCAAGGUGUGUGACGAGGCUCUGUACAGCAUGCGGGUGCAGGACAACGGGCGCUUCAUCGCCUGUGGCUCCCAGCUGGGGACGGCCACGCUGCUGGAGGUCUCCUCUGGACUCUGCACGCUUCAGAGGAACGAGAAGGCCCUGGCCACCGCGAUGUUUGAGCGGGAGACCAAGCGGGAGAAGAUCCUGGAGGCGCGGCACCGCGAGAUGCGUCUGAAGGAGCGCAGCCGCUCCGAGCAGAGCAAGGAGGACGACGGCAGCGGCGGCGGCGGCGGCGCCAAGGAGAUGGACGGCGAGGAGAGCCCCGAGGACAUGCUGGCCCGCACCGAGAAGGAGUUCUUCGACCUGGUGGGGGUCGAGCAGAAGAAGAGGGCCAAAGACAUAGAACAGGAAAAGGAUGUCUGCGAUAUAAAGGAAAUCUGAAGCGGAGGAUGGACCGCACUCUAUUGUCAUACUGAAAUGCCACAUGAUGUGUUUUGAAUAAAGAGAGAGAAGGGGAA